GGGGGCGGGCGGUGCCGCAGGGGCGGCGCCCGGGAACAUGGCGAAGACGUACGACUAUCUGUUCAAGCUGCUGCUCAUCGGCGACUCGGGCGUGGGGAAGACGUGCGCGCUCUUCCGUUUCUCCGAGGAUGCCUUCAACGCCACCUUCAUCUCCACCAUCGGUAUUGAUUUUAAGAUUAGAACCAUAGAGCUAGAUGGCAAGAGAAUCAAGCUGCAGAUAUGGGACACCGCCGGGCAGGAGCGAUUCCGCACCAUCACAACAGCGUACUACAGGGGAGCAAUGGGCAUUAUGUUGGUCUAUGACAUCACCAAUGAAAAGUCUUUUGAAAAUAUCCGGAACUGGGUCAGGAACAUUGAAGAGCACGCCUCUCCAGACGUUGAGAAAAUGAUCCUUGGGAACAAAUGUGAUGCAAAUGACAAAAGACAAGUUUCUAGAGAGCAAGGGGAGAAGCUUGCAGCAAGUUUUGGAAUUAAAUUCAUGGAGACCAGUGCAAAAGCAAAUAUAAACAUAGAGAAUGCAUUUUUCACUCUUGCCAGAGAUAUCAAAGCAAAAAUGGACAAGAAGUUGGAAGGCAAUAGCCCCCAGGGCAGCAACCAGGGAGUCAAAAUCACACCAGACCAGCAAAAGAAAAGCAGCUUUUUCCGAUGUGUUCUUCUGUGAGGGACACAGCCUUAAUCUGAGCAUCUGCUCAGCCCAACUGGACUGUGCCUGUUCUGAGUGAGACUUCUCUGUCUGUGGACUCUAGCGUUCUCGACAAACCUUGUCACUCUGUGACCAUCUGAAUAAGAAAUUGUUUAUUUUAGUAAUUGUCUGACUCUUCAAUUUUGGAGAUGAAACAAGUUUAUUUUUGUCAGAUUGCCACUGGGCGGGCAUAGGUAUUGUGUAGCAGAGGGAGUACAGAUCCAGUGGGACCUGUAAUGGCACCUCUGCUAACAGGCUUCAAUCUUACUGUUUGUAUCUGUAAUGUAUCCGAUUGAGAAAGAUUAAGUUAUGAUCAAAAUAAGAAACUGAAAUGCCAAUGUUAAUAAAGUACAGGUACAUGUACUUGAUACAUGCGCAUAUCUGUGUCUGGAUGCAUAUAGAACAGUUGCAUCAAAACAACAAAUAAAAGCACUUAUGUAGGCAGUACAGGCCGCUCCUUCUCAGAAGGUCUGAGGAAGCUUUCUGCAUCUCCACCUUUUUGCUGCUGCAGAGACAAUUCUUCCAUCUGCCUGUUAUUACUCAGUUGUGUUACUCUAGACAAUCCACGAGGACAACUGGAGUUUAAAAAAAUUCAAAGGAAUCUCUAUUUUUUUAGAAAAAGCAACGUGUGCUGUAAGCAUGGUGGUUCCUUACCGCCAGGAAUUGCGUUAUCCCUGUUAGAGAUGACCACGCUUAAUGAAAUAGUCUGCACAUCUAACGGGAUGAAAGCUGCAAGUGUUCUGCAGUCUGUUUUUGGAGAAGCAGCCCCCAGGGACACGGAUCCGACACGGAGCGUCCCAGUGAGCAGCUUCUCCUCCUCUAGCUGAGAGUGACUCCAGAUCUGUCAUGGUGUAGUAGCUAGUUACAAAUUGUGACAAGAAAAUGUAUUGCACUGCUUCCAGUUGUGUGUUCUUAUGCACACUUGCUCACAUAUGCAAAUAAAUGUUGCACAUACGAACACUUUCUGAAAAGAAACUUUUUAAGCUGAGAUUUGCCUUGCUGCCAUGUAUUGAUCAUUUCGGAUUUCAAGCAGCAGCAAACCUGUUAAUAGCAUGCAUCAAUGCAAAUGAUGUUUAGUCCUCAGUGGAAAUAUUUAUUCUUAUAAACACAGUCUAUUACAUUCCAUUGUAUAAAAUGUAACAGCCUAGUAAAGCACCUAGGUAACUAAUUGCUCUCGUUUGAGAGGCUGUAAGCCUGACUAAUUAGAUUAAUAAAAGGAGCCAGUAUGAGCAAUCUACUUAGAAGUCUGCUGUCAGUAAUUGGAGUUAUGGUAUAUUUAACCCAAAUGAACAUAUCAGCUGUGUCCUGCAACUCACUGGAAUUGUUCACGUGCUGCUUUGUUUACAUUGAAAACUGCACUUAAGGAUAAAAUUAAAGCUCGCUUUAAAGUGAAUGGAUUUACUUACCAGUUUUGUUUUCUUCAGUUUCCUGGUAAUCUAUCCUGGCCUCAGAGUAGCACUCCUAAGCGGUUCUGGAGUUAAUGACAAAUCUGAGAGAUUUUUAAACUUUAUAAAUCUGCAGCAUGGAACUGAGCUCAACGGGAAUGCUGCCUGUUUUUCUAAAAGAAAAGAGGAAAUGUUACUGUGUAAGUUACUAGAUUAUAAAAAUGCAUUUUAUAUGCCACCAACGGUUUUUUUUAAUAGCUAGCAGAUUAAAAUGAGCUCUGUUCAUUAUUACAAUUAUAUGUAAAACCUUCCUCUCACCAGAACCUUGUAAUGUUUGUUUGUUUGCUUGUGGCUUUUUAGUGUGAGGACUUGGUGACUGCGCACCAUAGUGAGUGACACGCAGAGGUAUUGGUAGGAUCAAGUCACCUUACAGGCACUGAAGAACCUUGCAGUGCUCCAAGGGGUAGUUAAUACAGAGCCACAGACUGCACAAGCAACGCUCGUAUCCUGACAUAAGAAUGUGUUUGGUUUUUUAAAGAAAAGACUGCUUCAAGGCGUUACUGGUGUGGAACUGGGGAGGUGCUGAAGGAACGGCCUCAGUGCUGUUCUGCACAAGUCAGAUCUGCUUCAUCUUUUGUUUCUGGCUUAGUGGUAAACGUGGAUGGUCUCACAUCCAACCACCUCCUUUAACACAGCCAGAUGUCGCAGCCAGACUUACUUCUGGAAGUGACUGGAAGAAUCAGUGCUUACUCUGACCUGGUGUCACGAGGCUGUCCACCAUGACAUGGGUCCUGCCCGCUGACAGCAUCUAAAUUGAUUAUUUGUCUUGAGACAAGAAAGAAAUACCAUAUUAACUUACAAACUGAAUCGUUUCUCAGCCUCCAUUUGCUAAAUCUUUUGUUACUCUUCUGCAUUAAAAGCUAAUGUUUUGUGAACACCUUUUGUUCAAACUUAGGCUGGUUGUUGCCCUGUUUAUGUUCCUAACUUACGGCAUGAUUUUGAUUUCCCUUUCCAAAAUGAUUGGUUUUGCUUAAUGAACAACUGUGUUAUUGCCCAAUCUCAGGAAGUUUUGUGCAGUUACUGUGACCUCUAGGCAUCCCUGUACUUCUACGGCAUGCAGACUCUAUGCAGAAGCUGAAUCAGUGUAAACAAUAUGAAACCUAAAAUGCAAAUGUAGGACAGGGAAAAGUGAAAGGCAGCGCAGUGGCAUGUCUGCUUGGCUACGUGUGGCCAAAUGCUGACAUCAAAUACUGAAUAAAUACAAUAGGUAAUUGAUGUUUCCAUCACUUAAUUUAAUUACUGUGUUUUUUAAGCACAAAUAUUACAAAAACACAACGCUCAAACAAGGUACUGUCUCUGUGAAUACAGGAAUGCAUUUAUAUGUAAGCUUUCUUUAAGGCAGAACAGAUCUGAGAUUGGAUACAGAAUUUGUAAAACAGGGAUUUAAGUAGAUCUGAAAAGCUGACAAUGUGCUUGCCACACAUUUUCUAUGUCUAAAUACCACUAAAAUGCCAGGUAAUCAGUUAACACUCGGUUUGUAGAGAAACAAACCCAUGUUUGAGCAUGUUCUCAAAUUGCUUUAAUGAGGAUCAUAGAAUUCUGUGGUUGACCUUAUUUUUGAGGCUGGUUGCAGUAUGCUAGAAGGCCUGCGCCCUUUUGGGUGUAGACCUGUCAGCUUAUUUGUCAACAAACGUGGAACUGCUGUUUCAGUGCUUGCUUUGUCUGUCCAGUUCCUGUGCUGACAGGCACCUCUAAUGUUCCUUGACAUCAGAGCUUUAUGCUACCACCAGACUUUCAGCCUCAGAUUUAUAAAUCCUAUGGAUUAUUGUAAGUCUCAUUACUGCUGCUGGAAAUUAUUUGUUCUCCUUUCGUGUGGGAUAGUAAUCAUCUUACUGACAACUGUAAAGGGUUUUGUUGUGGUGGUGGAGGUUUGGCUGAUGCUCAUGCUCAAAAGCUACCGUGAUUUCUUGUUUUCUUGGACUUGAAAUGGAUGGAGUUUAUCCUGGAGAGGAAAAGGACAAAUGACUGCUGAAAGAAUGGUCCCCAUUUCUGCUGGAAGUUCACAGGGGUUGGGAAAGAAUGAUGACUAACUUCUGUCUUCAUUUACCGAUGAAAUAAAGAUCUGUUCGAUUGAACAUUAA